AUGAAUCAUUUCCGGAACAAGAAGAGGGAGGGUGGGGAGGAUGGAAUUCCAGGGCUGCUCGGCGGUGGCGAGAGCUCAGAGGACCUCAGCCUGGACUUGGAGGCCCUUCAGGGCAGCGAGUAUCUCCAGGACCUGGGCCUCGAGGUCCCUUCGAACAGCCAGCCUGGGGGGGCCAGGGGCAGUGGCCCCCCUAGUGAAGAAGCCGGAGGAGACUUGCCAUUCUCCAGCCUUUCGGGGUCCCAGGGCCGGCCUCAGAGACGCAGCUGGGAGAGGUCACGGAGCUGCUCUGAGAGCUGGCAGAGGCUCAGCUUCGAAGCCUCAGCUGCGAAUGAGGGGCCCUCUCUCCCUCGGACACUGGCCAAUCUUGCUCUGAACCUGCCAGGAGAGGGCCUGCAGGCCUGGACCCAAGGGUGUCUGUCUGGGGGCAGAACCUCUGCAGAGCCACCAAGCAAGGAAUGUGACAGCCCCGAGAAAAGAGUGAGGUCACGGUCGGUUCCCGUGUCCUUCGAUGAGAUCAGCUCCCUGGAAAUCUUUCCAGCUUUGGAUAUGCCCGCUCCAGCUGUUCAAGGACUGGAGCCACCGGUGCUGGAGUGCAUGGAAAAGGACCACGUGGAGCCGGAUCAUGUGUUGAUUGUCCAGCAGGUGCUUCAAGAACUCCGACAGUACCAUGGGGCCCGGCAGAUGGCUCGCUUGUCCGUCAGCCCCGGAGGAGCCCACUCAAACCUCACCUGGUUUGAGUUCCUGUCCGAGGAUGAGGAUGGCACAGGGAAGAUGGAGAGAAGAGACAGGAGCACCAGGGUGAAGCGCAGUCUGAGCUCCCUCCGAAGUCGAGUCACCAGGCAGAAGGAGAAGGGGAAGAACACUGUGCAUCUGAAGGACAAAGGUCAGGAUGCUCGAGAGAGGAAAGAGUGUGCCAAUGGGCACCAGUUGGCUCGAGGAACCUACUCUGGCCACUCCAGCUGCCCCCUGUGUGGCAAACCUUUUCUGAGCUCUGUCCCCUCGCCCGGCCUAAACCCGAGCGAACGACCCCUGAGCGAGGCCCCAGGUUCAGCCUCCACCAACACCCUCAGUUCUCGGGACCCACCGACGCUCGAGGCCACGCCCCCUUCCGGGCCCACACCCUCUGACCCCGCCCUCGGGGGCGGGGCCGCGCGUGCGCACCUCACCCGCGCUGCUUCCCGCUUCCGGCUUCGGGCUGAGGGUGGCCGUGGAUUUAGGGAGGCCGGGUGGUAG